UUAGUACCUCAUGAGAGCAGAAUUUGUUUGCUCGAUAUUUGCUUGCCAACUCUGUCCGUCGAUUUACAUUUUAAUUAUGAUCUCGUUUCGUGAUUUCAUGGCGUACAUGACGGAUAAGCAUUCUGUUUCGAUUAAUUCCGUUAAUAGGUGCUCUCGCUGAGACCAACAUUCGAAAGAAAGAAUCACCUUGGGACGUAGAAUUACAUUUGGCAGCGGCACGUGGCGAUGCAAAGCGUCUUCGAGUUCUCCUCGAUUCUGGUCGCGUCCAUGUCGAUUGCAAAGAUAAGAUCGCAAGUAAUAAUUAUCAGCAAGUCAGAAUAUCUUUGCAUAACAUUAACGAGCUUGGUAGUAACAGAAAUUAAGUCUUACCAGCAAAUCCUACAAAUUCUAAGUUAUCUAUAUUAACCUAUUUCACGAAGGAUUAUAAAAUUGUAAAAGAAGAAAUCUAUAAUCCAUUAAUUUGUAAUUUGUCAAUUUGCUUAAUAUUAUUAUAUAAUAAGUUUAUUGUGCAAGAGAGGAAAGAUAUAUUCGUUCUCAUUGACGCAUCUACGAAAUCAUCGACAUCGAACCAAUAGAUACCGUAGGAAAUCAAUUACCGGGAGACGAUCUGUCGUUUCAUUAUGCAAAUAACGACGCAUCGUUGAAAGAAGGAAUUCAAAUAACGUUAUUUCUAGUUUCAAAAGUGGCUUAUUGGAUUACGCACGGAUAUUCGUUCCACUUUGGCAGACGAUCAAAUUUAACCCGCUAUAUUCGGGGGAAUUUGGAAUUUGAUCAAGAGAAGUAGCAGUUUUAACGUUAACCUUCUUUUAAAUGUCAUGGCGCCGUUUCCGUUUGCCCACUACCAUUUAAAGGAUAUCUUAAGUCAUUUUCCUUUGCUAAUUUGCAGACGAUCGGUUAAAUUAAUCGCGUCAUUAAGGAUUGGCCUUCUCGAUUGGUCGUUACAUCAAUUGAGGAACCUUACUAACAAUCGCCGCGUUAUUGCACUAAAUUACUGAUGCAGCGACGACGCGUGAUUCGACACACCGGAAAUAUAUAAAAGAAGUGCAGAAAGUAGAGACAGUUUGAAACAAGCGUAAGAUACUGAAGGAGUUACACGACAGAUUUACGACGCUUAAUUGCCUGUUUAAUGAUACUGGUUUGUAAGAGUAAUCACGAUACUUGCUCCGUUCAAAUCAAUUAGAAAGCAAUGCAGGGGAGUCCUCAUUAUGGAGAUCAUAUCGAGGUGCGCGCGACUGCGCACAGAUGAAUUUAUAACCACUUGAAUUAAGUUUAUUCAAGUUCUGUGAUAUAAAUUUGAUUAAAAAUGAAAGGAGAGAAAACAUUAAGUAUUUCUGCGUUGGUUUAUUAGGAUUAAAUCUGUGGAUCUUUAUGCAAAUUCAUAUUCUUACAGAUAGGUACACGUAAGGAAUUUCAACUCGAAUGAAAGAAUGUUUUAUUUUCUAAAUGAUGGAACGACUCCUUUAAUAUUGGCCGCCGCCGGAGGCCACAUCGAAGCGGUCACCGAAUUGCUGCAACAAGGGGCGGAUCCUAAUGCCAGACGGCUGACGGGUACCACGGCGUUGUUCUUCGCCGCUCAAGGUGGCUACAUGGACAUCGCCAGCCUUUUGUUGGAGCACGGUUCCAUCGUCGACUCUUGCAGCAUAGACGGCGGUACCCCACUUUUUGUCGCGUGCCAGUGCGGUCACCUAGAUGUUGUUGAGGGACUGAUUGAAAGAGGCGCCAAUCCGAACGCUUACAUGAAGGAUGGGGCCACGGCAUUAUUCAUCGCCGCUCAAAAUGGCCACUUACGUAUCCUAGAGGUUCUUCUGGAGCAUGGGGCAAAAACGGACGCGGCAAGAACCGAUGGUGCCACGCCUUUAUGGAUAGGAGCGCAAAUGGGACACGAUCACGUUGUGAGGAGGCUUUUGAAAGCUGGUGCGAAGGUCGAUGCCACCAGACACGAUGGCGCGACUCCGCUAUUCAAGGCGGCUCACAAGGGUCAUACCGCUGUUGUAGGCGAGCUACUCAAGUACCGUCCAUCUCUUGGUAUUCUUCCAAAUGGUGAAAGUGCACUGCAUGCAGCAGCAUUAACAGGACAAAUGACUGUUACAAGACAGCUGGUAGGUGCAGGAGCGGAUCCUUUACUCAUGAAUCAAGAAGGUAUCACGCCCCUUCAAUUAGCUAUUAGGCACUCACAGACACAGGUGGCCAACUAUCUGAAGGAUAAAGUUAGAACGCGAACGGGAACGUCCUAGCAAAAUACGCGUUUAUCACCUACGUGCUAAAAUAGAAAUUAAGGUGAAAGAACGAAGAAGGAAGAAUAUACAGACUAGUGAAAGAGAUCAGUAUUUCUAAAGAAAAUGUAAUAUAUAUACAUAUAAUGUAUAUAUAUACUUUAGACAUAGUUUGUAUACAAGAUGAUCAAGUGAUUACAUCUUCAUCAUAUUUCGCGUAGCGUUAAAUAAGAUUCAAAAAUAAGAGAGAUGUUGAUUUAUGCUACAAUCAUAAGACUGUGGUUUAAAACUCCAUCAUUUUCUUAAAAUUGUUUGUUCAGUGUGUAUAUAUAUUUGGAUAAAUAUAAAACACAUCCUAUAGUAUUUAAAAAUAGGUGAACUAUAUUUUAAUGUAUUCUCUUGUUGUAAAUAUUUUACAACGUUGAAAGUUCUAAAAAACACUCAUCGAUGUACACGGCAUACAUCCCACAGAGUUAGUUUUGCGCUAAAACUAUAUAUCUUGUUAAUACUGAACUUGUGGUUAUAUAUAUAUAUAUAUAUAUAUAUACCUUUAAAUAAUACAAUCAUUUUGUUCUAAUUGAGGGUUCUAUAAGACUGAUUGAUUUGCCUUGAAAAAGAGAGUAAAAUUUAAUGAUUUUUUAGUACUAUGUCUAUUUCUUCUUGUUGAUUUAUUUAUAUAUUAUAUUAGUGUUAACGCG